AUGUCGGCCUUCGCCAAGCAGCAGCAGCAGCCCAUUCCGUCCCCUGAGGAGGCUUUGAGGAAGGAGCUUGUCAUGCUUCAGGCACAGAGGGACGCCCUCGAGCUGGAAGCGGACGCCAUCGCCAGCGAGCUGAAGUCGCCAGGAGCUAACGGAGAAGCUCCUGUGGGGGUUAAGGGCGCUCUCGUUGACUCCGAUGGCUUCCCGCUGGCAGGGUUCGACCUCUUCAACGUUCGAGAGAGGAGGCACCGGUUCAACUGCAUCCAGACGGAUCACAAAGCCGUGAUGUCGAGGAUAGAGAAGUCCCUCCACGCCUUGCACGAUGCGAGAUUGGCGAGGCCAACGCCGUUGCCAGCAGCUUCUUCUGUCACUGCCGCUACGCCACCGACACCAUCUUUGGUUGGUGGUGAUUCGGCCGCCGCGGCAAGCAUGUCGCUGGCGCCCAUCGCUAAGGUCAACCAGGUGUCCGAGGGCUCUCCGGCGUCCGCGGCGGGGCUGGCGGUAGGCGAUCUCGUGCUGCGGUUUGGCCGUGUGGACAUCUCUCACCCCAAGGGCCUUGGUGGGGUGGUAGACGUCGUGCGAGAGAAGGAGGGGCAGGAGGUGCCCGUCACGGUGCUGAGGACGACGAGUGCUAGUGGGGGGGGGGGCUCCGUGGGGACGGGAGGGGGGGUGAGGGAGUUGACGCUUGUGCCGAAGACGUGGAGCGGGAGGGGUCUCCUCGGGGUUCACUUGCUUCCUCCAUGA